UAUAUAUAUUUAAAAAAUAAAACAGACACACAAACUAGUCCUCAUUUUUUUUUUCCUGGAGAAUGCUAGUCAUUAAUGCGCAUUCAUUGGAAAACAGACAAAAGAACAGGAGAUAUAAACAAAAUAAAAUAAAAACUCUCUCUCUCUCUCUCUCUCUUGUCUGUUUGUUAUCGGUUUUGUUUUUUUGGUUGGAUUUGCUUCCUCUGUCUAUUUCACUUCCUUUUCUGGGAAGCAACGGGGCUCUUUCUUACCUCUUCUCACCUUCAAGUCCACGUCUCUGUUUCUCCAACGCCCACUCUGAUUUGAAUCAAAAUCCCUCACAACAAGUAAGAUUACAUCGAAUCUGUAAAGUAAUGGCAUCUCCUGACUCAUGGAUGCGAGAAUUCAAUGAUGCUUCAAAGCUUGCUGAUGAAAUCAAUGGUAUGAUUUCUGGAAGGAGUUCAUUGCCACCCUCUGGACCCGAAACACAACGUCAUAUGUCUGCAACUCGAAGAAAGGUUACAAUACUAAGGACAAAGCUUGAGACUUUGCAGUCACUCUUGUCUAAACUUCCUAACAAGCAGUCAAUAACAGGGAAAGAAAUAAAUCGUCGUAAAGAUAUGCUCACAAAUUUGAGUUCUAAAGCUGAUCAAAUGGCUAUUGCUCUCAACAUGUCUAGCCUUGCUAAUAAACAGAACUUGCUUGGCCCUGAUAAGAAGAUGGAUGAUAUAAUGAGAAGAACGGAAGAUUUAGACAACCAUGGUCUUGUUAGCUUUCAACGGCAAAUCAUGAAGGAACAAGAUGAAGGACUUGGAAAAUUGGAGGAGACAGUUAUUAGUACAAAACACAUAGCGUUGGCAGUAAAUGAAGAGCUUGAUCUGCACACUAUGCUUCUGGUUGAGUCUUUUGCUGAUUUUCCAGUUUACAUUAUUAUGGUGUCUUUUAUGUCCAACCAGAGUUGCAAUGAAGACUUCUGCAGUUUUUUUAACUUGUCUUUCUUAAACAAUAUCCAGGAUAAUCUGGACCAGCAUGUGGACUCAACAAAUUCCAACCUACAGCGGGUGCAAAAGAAAUUUGCUGUGCUGAACAAACGCACCAAAGGCGGUUGUUCUUCUUUGAUCCUACUGGUUCUUGCGGUUGUGAUUUUAAUAAUUGUUACCUGGGCAUUGAUUAAGUACUUGUAACAUUACAUUACCAAUGAUCAACUUGCUAAUGGUGGAAUUUUCCAACCAGAAGUGAUAUACUAGGUUGCAAAGGCAUGUGUCAACAAGCUCCUCCUGCCUUUGGUUUAAAACUUGUAAAAAGUAAAAUGCAUAAAUGCACAGGGAUUGAGAGAUUAUCAAAGGCGUCCACAAUAUAUCUUGGAUUUGCUCUGUUUGAUUGAUUACCUA